UAGAUGACGUUACUGUUUCCUCUCCAUGUUUGUUCACUUCCGUUAAACCAAACUAAAGAAGAAGAAGAAGCGGAACCGGAACCGGAAGCAGUGGUUCGUUGCUCGAUGCUAACGUUGCUAGCUCGUUAGCAUCUGAUUUUGUGUAACUUGAACUUUGUCAAAAGUUAAAAUGAACAAACUGAAUAAACCGCAGGAGUUUGACUCGUAUGAGCUCGAGGAGCCGAGCGACGAGGAGAGAGCGGAGGACAGUUCGGAGGACGAGCUGGAGGUGCUGCUGAACGGGACUCCGGAGCAGAAGAAGAAGCUGAUCAGAGAGUACCUGACGGGGGAGAGCGAGUCGUCCAGCGGGGAUGAGUUCGAGAAGGAGAUGGAGGCCGAGCUCAGCUCCACCAUCAAGACCAUAGAGGGAACCUGGGCACCAUCAGCAGCAGCAGAAACAUCAGGAGCAGGAGGAGGAGGAGGAGGAGGAGGAGAAGGAGGAGGAGGUGGUGGUGGUGGUGGAGGCGGCGGCGGUGGCGCUCCUGGACUUCCUAACGCAGAGAUGUACGAUGAGGUGUACUUUGAUUCUGACUCCGAGGGGGAGGACACACCAAGCAGCUCCACUGGCCGGAAGCGGAGACAGCGGGUCAUACUGACCAAUGACGAGCUGCUGUACGACCCCGACGAGGACGACAGGGACCAGGCCUGGGUGGACGCCAGGAGGAGACGGUAUGACUGCAGGAAGCGACCGGCUGCAGGGUCUCGGUCGCAGUCUCGUCAGGCUCCGGGUUUACCGAGCAGCGACGCCAUCCUCAACUGUCCCGCCUGCAUGACGACGCUCUGCCUGGACUGUCAGAGGCAUGAAAAGUACCGGACGCAGUACCGAGCCAUGUUCGUCAUGAACUGCGUGGUGAAGAAAGACGAGGUUUUGCGCUACAAAACCCAGCAGGAGACGAAACAGAGGAAGAGGAAGAGGAGGAGGGGACAGAAGACGGAGACGCCGAUGGAGGAAACUCCCAACCCGACACCGGCGGGGAUGGACGCCGAUGAGGUUUACCACCCGGUUCAGUGCACCGAGUGCUCCACUGAGGUGGCCGUGUUCGAUAAAGACGAGGUCUACCACUUCUUCAACAUCCUGGCCAGCCACUGCUGAGACGGACAAGCAGCAAGACGGUGUUUUUUAUUAUCACAUGAGUUUAUUUUUAUUACAAGAAGAAGAGCUGACUGCUUCUUUCUGUCUGAGAGGGAGGAAUCCCGCUGUGGUCGCUCUGAGUGCAUCGACCCAUCAGCUAGUUGAGAACAUUGUUGGUCAUUUCAGUUGAUUAAUGAGGAGAAAAACAAUCUGGAUAUCAGUGGAAUAUCAGCAGCACGUCGUCUAUCUGUGGCAUUUUUAAUCUCUCUUUAAUGUCUCACAAAAACUCGAAUUGGACAUCGAAGAUCAUCUUGUUGCGGCUCUGAUGGUCACUACUGGACUGAAUACACUAGAGCACGGAUUUUGAGGCAUUUGUUUUUUUUUGAAGAAUUGUGAACAAGAUGUGUACUGAGAGGGAUAUUUAACAGUUGCAAAUAAACUUGUCAGUGCUUUCUGGUGAACAAA